CAUUUCAGCGAGACUGAUGAAUAUAUUCACAUCGAUGCAUCGAAAGGCAAUAAAGGAGAUAAAGCAAGACUCACUAGCGACUGGAUAAGUGCUGAGGAAACCCUGUGUUUACAAUUUUGGUAUCAUAUGUUGGGUAAAGAUAUCGGCUCAUUAAGGAUAUUAAUGAAAACCAACCAAUCAGAGACUGUACUUUGGCAUAACUAUGGUAACCAAACGGAUGAAUGGAAAUUUGGACAAACACCAAUAAAACCCGAUGGUCACAAUCGUUACAAGUUUGUCAUUGAGGCAGAGACUCUGGGAGGAGAUGAUGGCGAUAUAGCUGUUGAUGAUAUCAAAUUAAACGAAGGAGACUGUCAAAAAAUCAUUAGUUACAAUCAUUCACAGCCAUACUGUUGUGUUAAUUCUAUUUCCUCGGAUGGCGAACUAUCAGUAUACCUUAUUAACGAUGGACAAAAUACCCCAUGGAAAUGUCUUCACCUUAUAUCAUCCGAUGUGUUUUCGUUUUUCACAAAGUACAGUAACGGUAAAACAAUUUCAAGUGUCAGUUUUGAAGAGAAAGCUGUCGGUUUCGUCCAAUUACAAUUACCUUUGCCARGUGUUCAAGGAAGCAUGAUUGAAUACGACUUUGAAUAUCGACYCACCGGUAGCAGAGAAUACGUUCCCUAUUUUACUGAAGAAGAGUGUUCCCAGUUAACAGUCUUUAAUAACCAUAACAAUAAGGAAAAAGACAUUAAUUGCGACUUAAGAGCGGAUAUUGCAUUCUUGGUAAGCUCGUCAAGGACUAUAAGUUUUGACAACUGGGAAAAAGUGCAGACCUUCCUGGUAAAUAUGAUCAAAAAGAUGACAGUUAGUGAUCAAGGAAACCAUGUCGCAGUCAUUUCGUACAGCACAGAUGCUACAACAGUAUUCAGGUUUAACACACUGCAAGGAUCUAAUAUCACAGUUGAAGCGUAUAGUCGUUUAAUAAGGACAAUGAAGUUACAGCAAGGUCGUCUUAGAUUUAUGGACAAGGCACUUCAAUUGGCUACCCAAGAUGUUUUCACUAAAUCAGCAGGAAUGAGAGGAAAUAUCCCAAAGAUAGCAAUGUUACUAGCAGAUGGCAUCCAAACACAAUCGGAAGUUGGACACAAAAGCCUUAUUCAAGCAUCGAAAUUAUUAAAGGAUCAAGGAGUGCUAGUUAUUUCAGUUGCUAUAGCAGAUUUUCAAGUAUUUUCCCUUAAAGAGUGGCUUUUAUGGGAGUCAUUAACGACAAGUGAAUUCAGCAGCACAUGGAAGAUCACGAGUCUUACAGAAUAUGAUAAUUACACCAAACAGCACAGUUUGACUAUGGCAAACUCCAAACAAGAAUGGGACUUUGAGAUGGAACUCUCGUCUUCCUCCCGACCUUUACUGGACUCAGAAAUAACAAUUAUAAGAAGGUUUACCAUAUGCUUGUGGACAAAGAACUAUGGAGAAGAGAUAUACGUGAAAAUUCUGAGGAGGCGUCCGGUAAAACCGUCAUCCUACCGAUAUGUUGUGAUCAUGACGAUGAAUAUCUCAAAUAUUGUUGUAAUCAGAGUCAAGACUCGUUCAAACAAUCAUUUACAAUAUGACCUGGAUGCGAGGCUGRRAAAACUGUGGCAUUUUUAUUGUCUUGAUGUCGCUACAAAUAAGUUUUCUUUGUUUGUUGACGGAGAAARGGUUGAUUCAAAGAAAUUGGAGAACGUUACGUCUCUCGGCUAUUAUGUGAAAGGAAGGUUGCAAAUUGGAUAUGUCAAACAAGAUCAAGAUAAUAUAACAGAUUUGCCCAUUGUAUCAGCUUUAAACAUAUGGCAUGCGCCGUGGAAUCUGAAUAUUGCUAAAACCAUAGCAGGAAUGUCAUCAGGCUGUGGUCCUAUCAGAAAACAUUUUAAUCGAAUUCUUUUAGCCCCUGCUCUUUGGGAAAGGCUUCCUCUUCGCAAAAGCAAAAACAUUACCAUAAAACGACCGGCAUCUUGUAAAGUGUCAAGAGAUAAAGUGAUGCUUCUCAAAGGCAGUUCAGACAGCACAUUGGUUAGCCCGGUGGAAUUUAAAAAGACUCCCAAACAUGCUAAUCUAUGCUUUCAUUUUACAUACAUGAUGCUUGGAGACAGCAAAAAGACUUUGGAAGUUGAAGUUAAAACAUCUGAAGAAGCGAUUAAACCUGUUUGGUAUAUCAAAAAUUAUGAAWAUGGCCAGUGGAACUCAGGAAUGGUACCCAUUAAUUCAAUGAGCUCUAAUCAAGUACGAAAAGAUUACUGA